UUCGAAGCCUCUCCAGCUGUUAGGGUUUUCCUCCCCCAUAUCUCUCGAAAAACCUAGCAGUCUCUCUCUCUCUGUCUCCAUGGGCAAGUCUAGCAAGAAAUCCGCCACCAAGGUCGAAGCUGCAAUUAUCCCUUCAAAGCCUUUGAAGAAAGGUAAGAGAGAGGCAGAAGAUGAUUUGGAGGCGCAAGUAAAUCUGAAGAAGCAGAAGAAAGAUGUGAAUGCUGCUGUUGUCAAGGAGAAGGCUGAGAAGAAGGUGCCGAAGAAAGUGGAAAGCAGCAGUUCUGACUCAUCUGAUUCUUCUGAUUCUGAAGAAGAGCAAAAGGCUAAGAAAGUGGCGGUCAAGAAGGCUCCUGCUAAGGACUCCAGCAGUGAUGAGUCCUCUUCUGAUGACUCCUCUUCGGAUAAUGAACCUGCCCCCAAGAAAAAACCAGUCGCUGCCGCUAAUGGAAAUGCUGCAAAGCCAGCGAAACCAUCCAGUAAAGAUGAUUCAUCUUCAGAAGAUGAUUCUUCAGAUGAUUCAUCUUCGGACGAGGAACCUGCUUCAGCCAAGAAGCCUGCUGCUGCUAAGAAUGGCUCUGUGAAGGACAAAAAAUCAAACAGUUCAUCUGAGGAUGAAUCUUCUUCCGAUGAGGAACCUGCCCCUGUGAAGAAGCAACCAGCUGCCACUAAGAAUGCGAAGCCUGCUGCUGAUGAUUCUUCAUCCUCUGAUGAUGAAUCUGAGGAUGAUGAAGAUGAAAAGAAGCCAGCUGCUGCCUCUGCCAAGAAACCUCAGGAAUCUAGUAGUGAUGAUUCCUCUGAUGAUGAGUCUUCUGAUGAGGAACCUGCCCCUAAAAAACAGACUGCAGUGGUGAAAAAAACCAAACCCGCCAGCAGUUCUGACUCUUCAGAUGAGGAUUCCGAUGAUGAAAGUGAUGAUGAUGAAACUCCUCAGAAGAAGGCUAAAGUUGAGAAAGUUGCCUCUGCUAAGAAGGAAAUCAGUAGCGAUGAAUCUAGUGAAGAAUCCUCUGAUGAUGAGGAGAGUGGAGAUGAGAAAGCAACCCCAAAGAAAAAGAACUCUGAUGUCGAAAUGGCUGAUGCCGAACAAAAAUCAAAUGUGAAGACACCUAUUACUCCUAAGACACAAGGAGGAUCAAAGACACUAUUUGUUGGCAAUCUUUCUUACCAAGUUGAAAAAGCAGAUGUAGAGAAUUUCUUCAAAGAUGCUGGUGAAGUUGUCGAUAUUCGAUUUGCUUCAGAUGAGGAUGGUCGAUUUAAGGGCUUUGGUCACGUUGAGUUUGCUUCUGCAGAAGCUGCUCAAAAGGCUCUUCAAUUGAAUGGUCAAGAUUUGUUGGGUCGUGAGGUCCGACUUGAUCUUGCUCGGGAGAGGGAUUCAUCAUAUACACCUCAGAGCGGUAAGUCGAACAACUUCCAGAGCGGGGGUAGAGGUCAGGGCUCUACAGUUUUCAUUAAGGGAUUUGACUAUUCCCUCACUGAAGACGAUAUUAGGAGUGCCUUGAAAGAGCAUUUCGGUUCAUGUGGAGAGAUUACUAGGAUUUCCGUCCCGACCGACCGUGAGACUGGCAACAUUAAAGGGUUUGCAUACAUGGAUGUAAAAGACAGUGAGACAAUGAACAAGGCGUUGGAGCUCAAUGGGAGUGAAAUGGGAGGAUACAACUUGACGGUGGAUGAGGCCAGACCUCGAGAUGGCGGUUCUUCUGGCGGUGGUUUCGGUGGAAGAAGCGGAGGAAGAGGCGGUCGUUUCAGUGGUGGAAGAGGUGGAAGAAGCGGUGGUGGAAGGGAUGCAGGAGGCAGAUUUGGCGGUGGUAGAGGUAGAGGAGGACGUGGAGGUGGCCGCGGAGGAGGACGUGGAACUCCCUACAGGCCUAGUUUCACUGCCUCUGCUCAAGGAAAGAAGACUACUUUCGAUGACUACUGAGCAGCAGGAGAGGAGGCUCUUAUAACAAUAAUAUUCUAUCAUUUUAGAAUUUUGUGCUUGUGUGGUAAGGAGCUUUUGAUGAAUAUUCAGUACGUUUUAUUUUUAUGUUUUGAGCUUUCAAUUGUUCCUUUUAGGAUAUAAACCAUGUACCGUUACAAUUUUGGGUUGUUUUUUUUUAUUAUAUAUUUAACCGGUUCAUUCAGUGUCUA